GUCGCUUUCAGUCAAUUUUCAGGAUUUCAGGCCCCUCUGUUUUCUUUUGAGUCAUUUCAGUUCACGGUUUACUCUAAGACCAUGAAGGGUCCAGAUUUUUUAAUAUAUUUAUUACUAUUCUCAUGAACAUGUGCGAUAGUAAACAAUGUAAAUUUUGGAUAAAGAGUUUCUAGCUGAGAUGGGAUCUGGUUUUUUUCUCGCCGCUUUGCUAUUUUACCUGUUUCCUAUUUCACUGAAAGCUGAACAAGCAUCAUUCUAUGGAAAUAGUUACAUCUCGAUUCCGUUGGAAGAAACGAAAACCACUUCUGAAAUAUACUUCAAGUUUAGAACCCGUUUGUCCGACACCUUGAUUCUAUUAGUCGCCGGAGAAUCGGACUAUUGCAAAAUCGAUUUGGAGAAUGGGAGAAUUCGGGUGGUUGUCAAUUUGGGUUCGGGCGAAGCCGAAUUGAUUUCUCAAAAUCCUACAAAGCUCAACGAUUUCAAAUGGCACGAUGUUAUUAUUUCCAGGAAAGAUGGAAAUUUGUCGAUGAUAGUUGAUAAGGCUAGAAAAAUUCACACAAAAAUACCUGGAAAGCAUUAUGAACUGGACAUACACUAUGGAUUGUUCGUUGGCGAUCAUAGGAAUAAAAAUAAUUCCGAUUUAUUUUUCGGCCAUAUCAAAACUUUUAGAGGAUGUCUGUCAGGGUUGAAAUAUAAUGACAUAGCUGUACUUGAAAUAGCAAAGCAGCGUCAAUCGCGUGCUAUAGUGGAAGCUAUCACAUGGAAUUGCGCAGCGGAAUUUGAAGCUUCAGUAGAUCAACCAAUCAGCUUUGUUGAAGAUGACGCUUUUUUGGUUAUUCCUCAAAAAACGAAAUUUAAGGACUUUAGUAUGAAAUUGGACAUUAAAACAAUGGUAAAAGAUGGCUUAAUAUUCUACAAUCCUGGAACCGCUAGACAUGAUUUUCUCCUCCUUGAAGUUUCAAACUAUAGUCUUUCUGUGACAGUUAAAUUAAAUGAAAGAACUGUAAAUGUGCAGGUACCUCAGAAACCUGUUGCUGACGGAAAAUGGAACCAAAUAAGCUUUCGUCUUUCAUCAACCACUAUAGAACUUACAGUGAACGAGCAUGUAGAAUUUGGUAGGAAUCUUCACGCUUCCUUGAUCCAGCUCGCUGAAAUUUCUUACAUUGGAGGCUUGGAAGCAAACCGGAAAUUCAGAGCCACCCAAAAAGGUUGUGGAGUAUCAUGCGAUCUUGGGUUUAAAGGUUGCAUGCGCAAUGCUUAUAUUGUAGAAAUAACACGUGGGCUUCCGGAUGUACUAUCUUCUGAUGGCUUACUUCCUGGAUGCGUCUGGAAUUACCCUUGCCUAAAACAUCCCUGUCAACCAGGUGCUACUUGUUUACAACGAGGACUCGAUUCAUUUCAAUGCAAAUGUCAAAAUAAUCUGGAUACAGCGUGCGUUCAGAGAAACUACACUGAAGGUUACUCCGUAUUUUCUAGAGCGGCUACACUGGCUACGGAAUUGGAAUUACUGAGCGUUGAACCUUUAGAGAUUGUGGAAGGAAGCAGUGAAAUAAUUACCACCACAAAUCUCCACAUGGUGUUAGACUAUAAAAAGUAUGGUAUAAGAGACGCAGGGGUGACUUUUACCGUGCAACAUGGUCCGGAGCAUGGAGUUGUUUCAGUGGAUGGAUUGCCUCAAGCACAAACGUUUUCACUUUUGGAAGUAGCCAGAGAUAAAGUUCAUUAUGUACAUGAUGGAUCUGAAGAUAGAAGAGAUACAGUUGCUUUGUCUGUCGCUUUUUCUGCGGCUGACACUUUUACGUUGCCUGUAUAUCUUCAAGGAAAUUUUAGGUUUUCAAUGAACAUAAAUGUAGUUCCGAAAAACGACGCUCCAAUUUUCGAUACAUCCGAAACAAGAGUAUUAAGAGUAGUCCAGGGAGCAAAAAAAGCCAUAACACCAGACCUCUUCAAAGCAGAUGACCCUGACAACACUCCUUCGGAACUCGUAUACCGCAUUAUAAAUUCUGAUGUGGGAUAUUUCGAGCACCUACGUAAACUUGGAGCAAAAGUUAACUCUUUCACCCAAGAAGAUGUCAAUAAGAAGAAAAUUAUUUUUGUACAUACUAGUUCUGACUCUUCAGAUUCGUAUGUGUCACUUGAAGUAUCCGAUGGUGUAGAAGUAAGUCCUGUAUAUAAAGUGCGAAUAUCUGUUUCGCCACAAGUGUGGAGGUUGGAUAAAAACACUGGAUUACAAUUGUUGCAUCAAACCCAUCAACUUAUAACUCCAUCGAAUUUAAGUUAUACCUCUAAUGUGCCUAAUUCAGAAUACAAUGUACUUUUUAAAAUAAUUAAAAAACCAUCGUUUGGUGAAGUCGAAGUAGAUAGAAGUCCAAAUAUUUGGGAACCCACAAAAAGUAUGAGCAUGUGGGAACCCACUGAUGUAUUUGCGACCAUUGAUUUGAAGCAGCAUAAAGUAAGAUAUAGACAUUCUAUAGGAGAACCUCAGUUUGAUGAAUUUCAAUUUAGAACGGCGUUAAAUAAGACUCAGUUAUAUACGUUUCGACUUACUUUCGUUGAAUGUAGAUUAUAUCAAGUUUCAUCGAAAGUUCUCGAGUUAAAUAGUGCUUGGGAAGCUUCGGUAACAACAAAAUCCUUAUUAUUUGAAACAAGGCCUACAAAAUCAUCUGCUUCCAUUAUUUUCCAAGUAAUCAAAUAUCCACAAUACGGGUAUUUGUUUUUGGCAGUUUCAAAAUACCGAAUAAAAUGUUUUGACAAUUUCACGCAAGAAGACGUAUUUUCAGAAAAUAUACGUUACAGGCUUCACCAAAAAGCAUUUUCAGAUGUAACUGAUUCAAUAAUUUUAUCAGUAAAGUCUCCAGGGUGUGGAAACGUGACUACUAAUGUUACAAUAAAAUAUUAUCCCUCGAACGAAGAUAAAUUUAAAGUCCAAGUUAACAUAAAGCAAUUAGAUGUGGAAGAAGGCACGUCUGCAGUUAUAGAUAGAGCUCAUCUUUACAUUCAUGCAAAUUUUGUAUCAGAUUUAGUGUUUAAUGUUACUAGCCCACCUGAAAAUGGCAUUUUACAAAUUGUUGAUGGUGAGAAAGUACGGAAUAGAACCAGAUCUUUUACAGUUCAACAGUUAAAUGACAAUUAUCUGUAUUAUUCACACGAUGGAUCAGAGACAGAACAAGAUAGUUUUAAAUUUAUGGCAUUGUCCAGAACUGAUGAAACAUUCCAAUAUGUUGGUCAACUUUUUAUCAAUGUUCAUCUAAAGAAUGACCAUAGCCCUAUAAGAGUUGUAGAUAAAAUAUUCCAAGUAGUUGUAGGAGGGGAAAAACUUUUAACAAAUAAAGACUUAAAAUAUAUUGAUUUGGAUAUUGGCACUCCUACAUCUGGAAUUAUUUAUACCUGUCGAGAAAUUCAAAAUGGACAAUUUUUCAAUAUAAAAGAUUUAUCCAGAAACAUUACAGAAUUUUCUCAAGAUGAUUUAGAUAACAAAUUAAUUUUAUUCAAGCAUAAAGGUCCUGAAUAUGCUAAAAUAAGACUUUGGGUAACAGAUGGACAGUUUCACGUUAAUGGAAAUUUGGAAAUUCAAGCUUCAGGCCCAUUCAUCCACGUCGAAAUGGACAAAAAAGUCAUCGUAGAAUCUGGAAAAUCGACCUUUCUGACUACAGAACAUAUACAUUAUUCCACAAAUUUGCGAACCACUGACUCGAAAGUAUUUUACGAAGUCACUGGUGGAAUGACAUUCGGAAAACUCGUAGAUUCGAGAAACAAAAUCUUGAAGCAUUUUACACAAGAAGAUGUCAAUUUAGGAUUUGUGUAUUAUCAGAAUGAUGUUACGUCUGGAAAUGCCGACGAAAUAAGUUUGAAGAUUCGUUGCAAGGACGCAGUCAACGUCGCCCAAAUUGGAGUUCUAAUCCUUCCGUCUUCCUAUUGGGAACCUUUACAGUUGAAAAGACUGAAGAAACUUACCGUAGAAGAAUCUACAAGUGCACUUAUAACUAAGGAUAAUUUAGAGAUUAUCCAAACAAAUGUUCCUGCAUCUAUAAUAACAUUCCACAUUAACGAGAGGCCUCAACAUGGUUACCUGACUAUUUUAUCGGAGUCAAAAAAUGGAAGCGAAAUAUUAAAUGUCGCCUCUUUUUCCCAGGAUUUGAUAAAUGAAAAUAGAGUCUUGUAUAUCCAAGCUGGAGUAAACCAAUCACGUGAUACCAUAACUUUCAAUAUUACCAACGGCCUGGUUUGGUUGAGCAAUGUUCGCUUGGAUUUAAUUAUUAUUCCUGAACAUUGGUUCUUGGGAAGUAAUGAAAUUGUUGUUAACGAAGGUGGUUCCAUACAAUUAUCUCCAGUACAUCUUUAUGUAGAAACCGAAUAUUAUCGCUUGAAUCCAGUUACUUUCAAAAUAAUUGAAAAUUUUGUUCAUGGAUGCGUUCAGAUUUAUAGACAAUGCACUAAGUCAAAAUCUUUCACGUCCGACAAUUUAACAAGUGGUACUGUCGAAUACCUUCAUGACGGAACAGAAACUUCGAAGGAUUCUGCUUUGUUUAUAGCUCAAAUAGGCGAUAAAAGAAGUGAACCGAUUGAAGUAUCAGUUUUAGUAUUACCCGUUAACGAUCAUGUUCCUAAAUUAGUUAAUAAUACUGGCCUAGAAAUGUGGGAAGGUGGUACUGCUAUUAUCACUAAUAAUCUGUUAGCUACCAUUGACGAGGAUAGGCCUAAAGAAGCUUUAAAGUACCACGUUCAAAGUUGUUGGUGGGGGAACGUAUCAUUGAUAACAGAUAAUAAAACACCAUUAACCUAUUUCACCCAAGAAUUUGUGGAUAAUGGACUUGUAAUUUUCAAGCAUCAUAAUGGUUCCAAGGCAAGAUUUAUUUUCAAUGUUAGCGAUGGAUUGCAUACAACAAAAGACUACCUGUUCGAAAUCAAAACCAAAAAAGUACAAAUGAAACUUUUCACUAAUAAACCUUUACAUAUAUUUCCUUUGCAAAAGAAAGUAAUAACUAAUGAUAAUUUGCUUACAAAAACAUCUGAUGGUAGGAGAAUUUGGUACGAGGUAACUAAAUCUCCUACUUUGGGGAGACUGAUGAUGAAAUCUAAGAAGAGGGAAUACAAUAGUGUUGUAUCCAACUUCACUCAAGAAGACAUUGAUAAUAGAACAAUUUAUUAUGAACACUUACAUCCGUUUUUGGAUUUGUACGCUAAUGAUUCUUUUGUAUUUACCGUAAAGUCGUAUUUAGUGCCUUCCUUGGAAAAUGAGGUCUUCCGAAUAGACAUUUCGGUAUCAUCUGGAGGCCUAGACACCUAUGUCCAAAUCCCUAAAAUAACCGUUGACGAAGGUGGCAUGACGAGCGUUCACUUAAACUUGUCUGCAGUUGUAAUAUUUUUGGAAAUGCACGCUGGACUUAGAUCACCUGUCAUUCAUGUGUCAGCUGAAAAUCCAAGACACGGAAGAUUAUUUUUGCAAAAUGAUAGAGAGAGUGGCCUGAUGACCUUUACGCAACAACAGUUAGAAUCUGGACAAGUAUUCUAUGAACAUGAUAACUCGGAUACAUUAGUGGAUGUUGUAAGAUUGUCCUUGUACUUAGUUCCAGGUUAUAUAAUGCUUUGUAAUUUGACGGCCAAUAUUACUGUACAUCCAGUUAAUGACCAACCAUUCAGAUUAGUAACUCCAGCGCCUAGCUUUACAGUAGUUCAAGGAGAAAACCAUACAAUUUUACGAGACGAAUUGUGUACUGAAGACGCCGACACACCACCAAAAGAUAUUAAAUAUGAUUUGGUGAACGGACCGUCAAGUGGUCGACUACUAUUACUUCCCAAUCUAGAGCCUGUAAAUCAUUUUACUCAAGCAGAUGUGGAUCAAAAAAGACUUAUCUAUGUGCAUGAAAGUGGAAUGUUGAAAGAUUCGUUUCAUUUACGAAUCUGGGAUGAGAAAUUUAAACCUGAAUUUACUUUUUUUAAUAUAAUAGUUAUUCCAGUGAACAUUACAAUAAAGCCUGGACUACCAGUGCAAGUAAGGCAGGGAGCAAACGUUGGUUUCCUUAACGACCAAAAUAUUUUUGUGGAAACGAAUACUGAUCAAAAGAAAAUUGUGUACAUUAUUUCCAGGAAACCUAAAUAUGGAGUUAUCUUUAAGGAAAAUAAUAAAACUGAUCAGUUCAGUCAAGGAGAUUUGCUCAGAAACCAUGUAAUGUAUUUGCAACUUGAUACAACAUCUUCAAACGAUAGUUUUGGCUUGACUGGUCAAAUAGCUAUUGGAAAUUUGACUUUCAAGCAUGAUGUGACACUUUUCGUGGAGGUCAAACCUUUCAUGCAUAUCCACGAUUGUCAGGUAACGGCAGGGAAAAUGACCAGGCUCACUCAAAGCAUUUUAGAUGCAACGCCUCUAGCUAAACUAACCGGAAGUAAUCCCAGGUACACCAUUGUAACUCUUCCAACAUUUUGCCAAACAAGAAAAAUUAUACGGAGUUCUGGAGAGAAGCGUCAUGUUUUAGAUACAUUGGUGAACUCAUUUACGCAUGAAGAAAUUCAAGGGGGGCUUAUUUAUUUGGAAGUAAAAGAUAUUGACGUACCAUCGAAACGCCUCACAGAUAAAAUAGUAUUUACUUUAAUGGCGAGCAUAUUUCAGCCAGCAAUAGGAGAGCUGAAAAUUACAGUUAGCAAGGAAUCCAACGAAAUAUUUUCGUCACUUCCAGAACCAAGCAAUCCAGAAGGCCAUGAAGGUGAUGUUUUACUUACUAGCACAAACAUUACAAGAGACUAUAUCCUCAUAGUAACAAUCGUCUUAGCCAUAGUGAUAACAACUAUAGUAGUGAUAAUAAUCAUUAAAUGCAAGGCAAUGGAGAGAGACACAUCCCACAAAGAAGACGUACCAAUGGGCCCGUUACCUCGACCACCAGAACGAUUAUUAGCAUCUCCUGUCAAAUCCCUAGGGUUAGGACCACCCCCUGCUGCUCCACCUCAAUGCAAAGUCACUCCAUUGGGUAUAUCGGAGUUCGAUACUCCAUCACCUCACGCUGGAUAUCCUUAUGGUGUUGCCGAUGAACUUCCAGACGAUUGGAGUAGUAUUGACAAUUCGUCUGAUCAAGCUUCAAAGAGUAUCAUGCUUAGGAGAAAUCAAUAUUGGGUCUAAAAUGUUUCUUCAGUGGACCUAACUCAGACUUAGGGCUUGUUCGCACAGUGAUGUGAAAACGGCUUUAAGCUGGAGACAGUUUGACAUGCGUUGUCAUUAUUAGGCAACGGCAAGGGUGGAUGCCAAAAAAAGUAUACCUACCUACAGGCACAGAGGAUGAAGAAAAAAAGAAUUUGCAAUAGUGGUUUAUUGUUUAUGAUUUUUCAUUAUUAUAAUUUAACUAAUUUGAUAAACUAAUGAUGCCAGAAACUUAUAUGUUCUUAAUUUUUUUAGUCACAGCAUGUAAUGGUAAAUUUCUGAUUUAUAUUUUAUAGAGUGUAUUUUAACUAGUUAGUAAUAGUAAGAUUUCCAUGGAAGUACAAGAAAUAACUAAAACAAUCAAGGUAUGUGAAGCCAAGCAUUGCACUUAUUAUUUCCUGAGUGAAAGUAUACCAAAAAAAUGCCAAUCAUUGACAGAUUUUUAGCUAGCCCUAGCAAAAAUAUUCAGUUUUCGUUUGUUCUCGAAAGUGCCAAAAAUAUAGUGUGCCAAAGGUUUUUUAGAAAUAUACAGGGAAUAUACAAAACUUUGAUUAAUAAAUCUGAUUUGUUUUAUGUAUUUAUGUUUUACUUUUCAACUAUGAAUUUGAUUUAGAAAUAUUUAUUUUUUAGAUCAAGACAAUAUAAGAUUAUCCUUGUUAAAUAAAAUACCAGAAUGUGUAUCCUAGGUAUAAUAAUAUAGUUAAUGGUUGGAAGUUUUUGCAUAUCAUUAUGUUCUGCUAGAAAUGAUAGUCAAUGAACUUUUCAUUAUUGCGUCGAAGGUACUUAGUUUCUUGUUAAGUUUUUCUUUUUAUAUUUAGGGUUGUAAUUUUUUUAUUGACUGAAGUACAAUUAUUAUACCAAAAAAAAUCUUUCAUUAAUUUUAAAAAGACAGUAAAAUACGACUAGUUUAAUUCAAAUAUGGGAUGAAUACCAUUGUUAAGCCGUUAAAUAUUCCUUGAAAUACUUACCUAAUAAGUAAGACGACAUUGGAACUUCCUAAUUUUAAAUAUUUUCUAGGAUAAUUUUUAUACCACUGCAACAAAUUCGACAUUUAAAUUAACCUACACUUUGAUUCCAAAUAUUUUUGUACAAAGUAGGCAAAGCAUUAAAUAAAACUACAUAUGAAAUCAUAAAAAGUAGUUGAUAAUGUACCAAUUUUUCAAAAGUAGGUUAAUUCAAAAAAACGAGAGGGUUAUAUCUCAAAACGAUAGCAACAAUAUGUUGAUAAUUAUAACUGUUUUACUGAAAUAAAAUUCGG